CCAUGAAUACCUUUCUUAUGCAUAAAAAAUCUUGUUCUAAAUCAUGAACACAUCCAAUUUGAUCUUAUAAUACUUUCAAACAGCAAUAAUCCCCUGUAUGUUUAGUUGUUUCAAAUCAGUAUUCACUCCUACUUAUCAUGUGGGUCAAGACUCCAUAGCAAUUCUUGUGAGUCUGAAUAUUCCUACUUUGCAGAAAGAAAAUCCCUAGAUUCUAGAAAACUUUUCUGUACCAAACUGAUAUUUGGGUCUCUGAAUAAAAACCCAAAUGGCAGACGCAAAGAUCAUCUUCAAGUUCAUUGCUUAUGCCCUCCUAUUCAUCCCUGUCUUUCUUUUUCUUCUUUUCCUAGGGUUUGCCAAGAGUGCAAUAUUCUGCCCCUUUGUGUUUUUAGUGAUAGCUUUUGGAGACACUGGUGUUGUAAUUGGAUUAUGGCCUUGUCAUCUUUUUUACAGUAUUUAUUGUAUAAUCAGGACAAAGAAAUUUGGGCCAUUUAUGAAGUGUUUGUUAAUUCUGUUAUCUCCUAUACCAAUUGCUAUAUGGACUGUAGUUGGGGUAGUGGGAAGUGUAAUAAUGGCAAUUUAUUAUGCUUUUAUUUGGCCUGUUAUGGAAACUUUUAAGCCAGUUAGUGAGGAAGGAUUAUCAGUUCCAAGGAAGCUGUUCAGAUGCUUAACGGAUGGAACUUGGAGUAAUGUAUGGGGAGCGUGCACGAUUGUGCGUGAUUUUGCAGAUUUCUCGUUCCAUUCUUAUUUCUCGGUGAUGGAUGGAUUGCUCGAGUCGAAGGGAGAUAAUCCCGUUGAACUCAAGGUUUUGCAAAUUCCUGGGUGUAUUUUAUGUGCUGCUCUUGGACUCGUGGUGGAUGUGAUUUUUAUUCCACUGAUCACACUUUACAAGUCCCCAGUUUUACUCUUUAAAGGAUGGCAUCGACUGUUCGAAGAUCUUGUGGGCAGAGAAGGACCCUUCCUUGAAACAGUCUGUGUCCCCUUCGCAGGACUCCUAAUUCUCUUGUGGCCGGCUGCUGUCCUAGUGGCUAUCAUUUGUGGUGUCCUUUCAAGUAUUGGAUUUGGGUGCUACGCUGCUGUGAAUGCGUAUCAGGAAGAAUCUACCAAGAAAGGAUUGCUAUAUGUCGUAGCAUCAGUAGCCAUUUUCGAUGAGUACACAAAUGACCUUCUUUACUUGAGAGAAGGAUCUUGCUUUCCGAGACCUAAGUAUCGAAAGGAAGCGACUUCCAGUUUUUCUUUGCUUCCCGUGAAAGGAUUGCAUGAACAAAUCGAUGGUGUUUACACUAAGGAGCCUCUUCUUAGAACUACUUCAGAAAAGAAGAAAACAUUAAAUGCAAUGCUGAUAUGGGACGAUUUCUAUAGAGCUUGUGAGCAGGCUGGAAAAGAGCUACUCAAAAAGGGAGCUAUCACAACUACUGAUCUUAAUACGUGGCAACAGUCAAAUAACAAGAUAGUGAGUUUAGGACUUCCUGCUUACGUAUUUGUGGAUUGCUUUCUCCGCUCGAUCAAGAGUGGAUCGACUGGAUUUGCUAUGAGUAACAAUGUGGAAUUAACGAGUCUGAAUAGGCCCGAGGGAAGGGUGUUUGAUUGGUUAUUUGAGCCGAUGAGCAUCAUGAAAGAGCAGCUUAGAAGCCUAAAAUUGGUUGAAUCCGAAGAGUUAUAUCUCUAUAAGCUGUGUCUUUAUGGUGGAGAUACGACAAGGAUGGAAGCUUGGGACAAUGGCGGCAUACCCCCACGUGAAGAGAUCAGGAGAGCUCAAUUAGAGGGAAUUAGUAGACGGCUGCUGGGCUUCUGUCUGACAAUCUCAAGACUGCCAACAUCUCGACGAAGAUUCAGUCAAGUUGUUAAGGAAAUUGCACAAGAAUCAGAUCAAAGAUCACUUUCUUUUGGAGCAGCCGCAGUAUGAGAUUAUCUUGGCAUCCAACUGCUUCCUACAAAUUCUUGAUAAAGCUUCAAUAGAAUGCGCUGGAGGGCGAUCAUUUUUCACCACAUUGUUUUCGACAUCUGCUUGUUGUAUAAUUUAACUGUAAUAGACUAAUAGUAGGAAUAUAACCAUCACAAAAUCAGUGUGUACUUGUGGAAUAUCCCACAGUUUUGUUCUAAAUAUAUGGGGUGUUUGGCAAA